AUGAUCUGUGACCGCAUUGUUGUCAGCUUAAUUGAUGCAAAUGUAUUGCAAAAGCUUCAAUUUGACCCUGAUUUAACGUUAAAGAAAGCAGAAGAUAUUGUUCGAGAAACUGACGCCGUCAAAAAGGAGCAAAGUGAACUGAGAAACAAAGUUGAUUUCUCAGACAAUGGCAUAGAUUCUAUUCGUUCCGCAAAGCACAAGAAAUCGCGGCGAGAACAGAACAACAAAGCUACAGGAAAAUCAAACCAGAAAGAUUUUCCUGGUAAACAAAGCUGUUUUCGAUGUGGAAAAAAACAAUUCCAUAGCAGAGAAAAAUGUCCUGCAAGAAAUUCCAUGUGUAACAAGUGUUCUAAAGUUGGACAUUGGGCUAAAGUCUGCAGAACUAAAAUGGUCGCGGAGGUGGUCAAAGAAAACAGUGAUGAUGAUGAAAAUUAUGAAUUCCUUGGUGAAGUAUCAUCCCAAAACAAUGCUCAGUGGAAAGCAAAUCUAAAAUUGGAUGGACAAGUAGUUCAAUUCAAGUUGGACACUGGAGCUGAUGAAACUUGUAUUUCACUCCAUGUGUAUGAAAGCAUGAAAACUAAGCUUCCUGCUCUGAAAAAGUCGAAGAAGAAGCUACAUUCUUGUGAUGGAAAGAAAUUAGAUAUCUAUGGAAUAUUCGUUGCAACAAUAGAAGCUGAUAAGAAAAUAACAGUACAAGAUGUGUAUGUUAUCAAAGGUUUACAUCAAGCUCUCUUGGGUGGGCCAGCGAUACGUUCUCUGAAUUUACUCCAGAAAGCAAAGUUUGUGGAGACAGUAAAGACCUGCAGCGACGAAGCCGAGCCUAACAAAAAGUGGAAAAGUCAGUCUCCAAAGCUAUUCAAAGGGCUUGGAAGAAUCAAGAAUGAAUACACAAUCAAAUUGAAAUCAGAUGCUAAACCCCAUGCUGUUUACAUGCCAAGAAAGAUAGCACAUCCUCGGUUACUUAAAGUUAAAAAUGAACUGGAUAGGAUGGAAAAUUGA